GAAGAAGGAGGAAGACGGAUAUGACGUCACUGCAAAACAAGGAAGUAGUAGUUCAGCAUGUUAGCGUGCGGGUAAAUCAAGCUGAAACUCAGACACUAGGAAUGUUCGGAUUGUUCCCGGUGUGAGCGAGUCUGCGGGACUCGCGUGGGGAGUGAUGUGCAGCAGUUUCCCCACGCCAGACUAUUCCCACGCUGGCCGCGGGGACUUCCAGGAUGUUUACGAGCCCGCGGAGGACUCGUUCCUGCUCAUCAACGCGCUGGAGAGAGACGCGGAGGCGCUGCGGAGCAACAACCCGGACGUGUGUGUGGAGGUGGGCAGCGGCUCGGGGGUCGUGUCCGCGUUCCUGGCAUCGGUGGUCGGACCCUCGGCUCUGUUCAUAUGCACAGACGUGAAUCCUGCAGCAGCUGAGUGCACAGCAACGACGGCGUCCUGCAAUGGCGUCUCCCUGCAGCCUGUCGUCACAGACCUGGUGGAGAGUCUUCUUCCUCAGCUGAGCGGGAAGGUGGACGUCCUUCUCUUCAACCCUCCUUACGUGGUCACUCCUUCAGAGGAGGUGGGCAGCAGGGGGAUUGAAGCCGCCUGGGCGGGCGGAGAGCGGGGCAGAGAGGUGACGGACCGAUUCCUGCCUCUGGUUGGGGAGCUUUUGUCCUUAAAGGGUGUCUUUUACCUCAUCACCAUCGCCGAGAACGAUCCAGAGGAGAUCAUCCGGGUGCUGGGGGAGUCCGGCCUGCAGGGGGUGUCCUGCUUGUCCGCGAGAGCCGCAAACGAGCGCUUGGCAGUCCUACGAUUCCGGAGGAAACUCCAGCCGUGAGAGGAAGACCUACAGUUCCUGGAUUCAAUAAAGAUGCUGCAUAUCAACAAA